GAUGACAGUGCCAACCUGCCUUCAGCGAUUCAGGCUGGGUUUGUCAGCGAAGGUGAAUUCUCCGUCGUCACGUUACCGACCGCCGGGCAUCUAGCUGCAUGCGGCCUAUCUUCACAUUCGGCUGGCACUCGACUUAUCAAUGCCAGUGUUCCUGCUCUACUUGCCUGUUUCAUUGGCAAUGGACCUACUGUCGUUUUGGUUAUGCCGGACGCCCUCCACAUAUCUCAGGCAGCAAUGAAGCGUAGUUUAGUUUCCUGCCUUGACUGGCUUGAAGAAACUCAACGUUUCCCAAGUGUUUUCGCUGCAGUACCCAAGUCAAAAGCCGGUAGGUCAUCGUCCAGUGAGCAGUCUCUUGUGCCGGCGCUGGUUAAGACUUUUCUCUUUUUAGGCUUUGAAUUGCUUCCGCCUUCCUCUACUCCUUCCGAUUUGCUUGUUCUUUUGAGUGAUUUUCAUGUACUUCGCACAGACUUGUCUGACUAUCUGGAAUGA